AAAAAUUGCAGCCUCAUAAGUCAUACCUAAAUGGCCUUACACAACAAUGGCUUUGAAUUUCAGCUCUGUACAGCCUCUGCAACCAAAACAUAUCUGUUUUCUCAUUCCUACCCAUAAACAUGAUCCCUUUAAGCUUUUUUCCUAUCAAGCUUGGUCUGCUUCUUCCUUGAGAAGAGCUGCUCUUUCUGAAGAAGGAGAUGGAAGAUUCACUGAGGAGGAGCUUCCCACUUACUCUGGGUCAUUAUCUUCUGCUCGAACGCAGCUAGAUCUCUUGGAACAGCUUACUUCCAGCAGCUCAGCAGUUAAUGGUUACGAAAGUGAUAGUAGCUCUAGUAAACCUACAAUUCGUGCUCAGCUCGCAAAGUUGGUUGGAGAUCGAGAUGAUGACUUCAGCAUUCCCUUGGGUAAGAAUCUGAAGAAGGUUAGCGCCAAGUUCUUAACUGUUUCACAGAAGAGAAAUAUCAAAAGACAAGCGUAUCUGAACGAAGUAUCUCAGAGGAAUGACUCAGUAUUCUUUGCUACAAUUGGAGCAUUUGUCAUCCUUCCACCCCUUGUCAUUUUAGGAAUUGCAAUUGCGACAGGUUAUGUGCAGCUAUUUCCAUGACUUGUAUAAAGAUCCACUGUUUCUGUUACUAAUAUAGUGAAACUAUAUAAAUUUGUGAAAGGCCUGUUUAUUCUCGAGAUGAGUGGUCAUUGGGAGUUGCACAUUAACAGAUCAUUGCUACCAAAAGGUGAUCGAAUGGACAAUUUUCUCUCGCUUGAGUGUCUUUCAUUGUUGGUGUCACCACAAGAACUAGAGCUGGUUAGAACUAGCUGCAUAUGUUGUGAUGGAGUUGGAUAUGCUUAACUCAUUGAUUGAAUCUCUCACGAUAGUGAAGCCAGUUCUGUUUACUGUAACUUCAUAUCAAAUGCAGAUAAAAUCAUCAAUUAGAUUUCCA